UUCUAAAUUAAAAUUAAAGUUCACAAAGGUUAAUUAAAUCAUGCAUGAUGUCGAUGGCCUGUGGCCGUGGUGCGUUAGAAGCUUUCUCCAAGUACACCUCUCAUCUUCCAAGAAACUUGCCAGUGGCGGUGGCCGUAUCUGGGGGUUGUGACAGCUUAGCCCUCACUGCCCUAACUGCUAAGGUCUUUGACAGAGUCGUGGGGCUGGUUGUGGAUCACAAACUACGAGAUGCAAGUACUGAAGAGGCAGCUCAAGCCAACUGCCUGGUUACUGAGCUAGGAGCACAGGCACACACCCUCACUUUGGACUGGGGUGUGAAGGGUCUACCCGAGCCAGGGAAAGUGCAGACAAGGGCCAGGCAGAAACGAUACUCUGCAUUGUUGGAGCAAUGUCAGGUGUGGGGAAUAAAGACACUGCUGGUUGGACAUCAUUUAGGCGACCAAUAUGAAAACUUUCUCCAUCGUUUUGCGAUGGGCAGUGGAAUUGAAGGUCUCGGUGGAAUGUACUCUAUAUCUACCUGGCCGGGCUAUCCUAACACAAAGAUUGUACGUCCCCUACUCACGCUGAAAAAGUGUGACCUCGUGGAGGUGUGCAGGCGUGAGGGUUUGGAUUGGGUGGAGGAUCCAACCAACAAAACAACAGACUACGUUCGGAACCAUUAUCGGAAUGUCUUGGAGGAAAAUCCGGUGAUCUUAGAUGGAGUGAAGCAAUUAACAAAGUCGUGUUAUGACACUAGAGCUGUCAUCUCUGAACAAGUGCGCUCGCAUGUUAUUUCCCUGACCAAUAUCAACACUAAAUAUGGCUACAUCGGUGUGGACCGUGCUAAACUCCUUUCUGUCACUCCUCCAAUCGCAAAACGUUCCCUUAGUGCUCUGAUUCGUUCUGUUAUGUGCAGCCCCGAAUAUCAAUUUCGUUACGCAGUACUAGAAAAAAGCUACAAAACGUUAAUGUCGUAUGAUGGUAAACCUUUCAGUGUGGGAAAAGCAGUCGUUGCCCCGAUUACUGACAGAACAAUUGGUAUCUAUAAAUCACUCAAUCACGAUGAUAGCUUGAAAAGCAAGACUCCUAUAAGACCUGGAGAAACCAUCCUUUGGGAAAACAGAUGGGAAAUACAAUUGAAACCAAAAACAACGAACAGUCAACUACAAGAACAGUACUUUGUGCGAAACAUGGGAAGGAAAGAGUAUGAAUUUGCAACCAGAGGAAUCCGUCGGAUAAGGUCCACCCCCCUUCCCCCCGUGUCCGCUCGAUCCAGUCUCCCAGUGAUCACAGACGCUGCUGGAAGAGUGUUACUCAUACCCCACUUUCAGUUUGCUGAGAGAAACGUAACUAUUAGCGCAAGGGUUUCAUUUGAACCAAAAUACAGUGUAGAAGAUGUUUUGUUAAAUCACUGAUCACAAAAAAUUAUUAUAAUUGUAUAAUGGUAUCAUCUAUCAGUUUUGUGCUGGAAGUGUUUUCAUCCGGUACCUCGAUAAUUGUAUCUUCAAUUUUCAAAAGUGAUUUUCCUUUGGAUGCCAAAAUCUGUUCAAUGUUACUGCAAAGAAAAAUACCCAUUAUGUUCUAACAGUGA